AAAAUACGCGUCUUCUUAAUGAGUAUAUAAGACAAAAAGUGUGUUGUUUACUUUAAGUACAAUUUCCUACUCAUUUAGUUAGUUAGUAUAUUGUAUUUUCGAAAAUGUUAACUCAGUUACUCAUAUUUGGUUUUCUGGUUAACUCAGCGUUUGCUGAAGUGGAACCUCGAAUUGCCGGUGGAUUUUCCGCCAAAAUCGAAGAUUUCCCCUUUCAGGUAUCACUUCAAAGACAGACACUAUUUGGAAGCCGUCGUCAUUUCUGUGGCGGUAUAAUUAUUGCUAAAGAUUGGAUUAUGACAGCGGCACAUUGCAUCAGACCAUUAUCUAAGAAACAAAAAGAUACUUUACUUGUUUACGCUGGCAGCACAAGUUUAAGAGGAACUAAGAAAACUGGACAAAUAAUUAAAAGUGCCGGAUCUGAAUUCUUUUAUAUUCAUCCAGAUUUCAAGGGAGAAGUCCAACCACAUGAUAUUGCCGUUUUUAAACUCGAAUCAGAAUUUACAUUCAAUGACAAAGUAAACAAAUGUGACCUACCAGAAGAUGGUGAAAUUACUACUGGAAAAGCAACUUUAAGUGGAUGGGGUUCAACUAGAUUCAUUUUGAACCGUAUUGCUAGUAAUACUGUGGAUCGUUUGCGUCGUAACACUUAUGAUGUGAUGAAAAUGAAAGCGUGUCAAAGAUCAUAUAAUAUGAAUAGCAAGAGACUUAAUGAAACUACAAACAUUUGUGUGAAGAAACAAAGCGGGAUUUGGCAUCGUCCCAGCUCUGGCUGCAGUGGUGAUUCCGGUGGACCAUUAUCGCAGGGCAAUAAAGUGGUAGGUAUUGCAUCAUGGGGCGGUCAAAUGUGUGGAAUUAAACCUACAGUGUACACCAGAGUGGCAAACUAUGUUAAUAGUUUUAUAAAAGUACAUGUACCUGAUGUAUAAUGUAUUUAAAUGUUGUUGAUGAGAGAUAAAAUUGAUAAAUAAAUUUGUUUCAAGCAUUA